AUGAAUAAAUCAGCAGAGGGCAUCUCACAAAAGGCCACGUCAGCACCACACACUGACGACGAGUCAAUAACAACCAGUACUGAAUCGGAUUCAUUAGAAACAUGGACACUAGUAAACGAUAAAAAUAAGAAUAGAGCAAAUACAUCGCAGGUUGAAGAUAACCAUUCAGCUACAAAUAAUAGAGUUGAAAUAUUAACUGACUUGAACGACAUUUUAACAAACGACAACAAGGAGAAACAUGAGAGUGCUGAUUCCCGAACUGAUGACGACUCCAUCGUUGAUGACGGUUCGGAAGGUAUCUCAAUUAUUAGUGAGAGCGAAAGUGCCGGGCGUGCUUCACCUCUCGCAAUGGCGGAAAAUUUUAAUAGCGUGGACUUCAACAUUUGCUCCAAUCCGGAAGAGGUUUAUCCUGCCUCAAUGCUUCGAUUGCCUAUCCACAUACCGCAACCUCAAUAUGCACUGCCCUCCACCAUCCACCAUUCUGAUGAAAAUGCAGUUAGACAACGACGUAUCCGACGUUCUAGUUCAAGUGCAACUUCAGAACGAAAAGUUGUAAAGUCGGUAAAUGGCGCCACUGUGGAAGCAAAACGAGUAUAUCCAUUGGUACGCCGAGGUUUAAAAGGGUUUUUUUACAUUUGCAUUACCCUGGCCAUAUUAGCUUUCAUUGGAAAAUUGCGCAAUCCUGAUUGGCAAUCAUUUUUCGAUAAAAAGAAUUUGUCUGUAUUAGAGCAAAAGUUGACAGGUUUGGAAUUACAAAAUAAUUUAAUGCGUGCCGAAAUCGACAUUUUAUCCAAGCAGGUGAACUAUUUGAGUAGUUUGAAUCAGAAUGGUGGUCGGAUGAAUAGGGAAAAUGUUGAGAGAGGACCAAAGUCUCAGCAGCGAUUUUUCAAACAAACCGGUGAAUGGAUAAUGAAACAAAAAGGAAUAGACCUCGUGGACAAACCAGAGGAUGACCUAAAGAAGUCAUUUAAAUGUCCAGAUGGAAAAUAUGUAGAGAUUGCAAGCAUGUGUGAAGAAAACGAAAAGCAAAACAUAAAAAAUAUGGAUGAUAUUUUAAAAGUGGUCGACGAAAUUAUGGAAGAACAAAUAGUCGACGAUUUGUCAUCAUCAAAGGAAGAAAUUGGCGCUGAACCCAAAGAACAUGGAGGUGAUUAUAAAAAUAAACGCAAAUAUGUGAACAUAGGAAGUAAAAAUUCGAAGGAAAGUGGGCAUCACAGUUCCGAGAACAAAUAUGAGACACAAAAACACUGGAAACGGCACAAUCAUCUACAUCGUGAUAGCGACGAUGACUUUAGUGAGGAAGAUGAGGAUUUCGAUGACUCUCUGGAAGAUUUUGGCAAAAAGAAAUUUACUUCCAAAGAGAGUUACAACAAACACGAACAUAUACGCUCCAACGGCGAUAAGUACAAAGGUCGUCAUCCAAAUGACAAUUUCAAAGAUCGUCACUCUAAUGACCGAUCCAAGGAGCGGCGCUUUAAUGGGAAUUCCAAAGAGAAUCUCUACGUUGCCUCCGACGAGCAAUCGCGUAAAAGUGGUGAAUGGCAUGGAAAAUUAAUGCAACAACGAGAAAACGCCAGACGCCAGAAUGAGUAUCAGCAACGUAAUAAAAACUGGUUCAUCGAGCGUGGCGACAACCGCGAAAAAAUGCGUCAUAGAAGAUGA